AUGGCCAAGCUCAUUCUUGUUGCUGGUCUGGCCCUUCUGCUGAAUGCUUAUCUGGGGUCUGCCUACAAACUGGUAGGCUACUUCUCCAACUGGGCCCAGUAUCGGCCAGGCCUUGGGCGUUUCACACCUGAUAACAUCGACCCUUGCCUGUGUACUCACCUGAUCUAUGCUUUUGCUGGGAUGCAGAACAAUGAGAUCACCACCAUAGAAUGGAAUGAUGUAGAGUUAUACAAAGCUUUCAAUGGCCUCAAAAACAGCUUCACUACCAUGGUCUCCACUUCCCAGAACCGCAACACCUUCAUCACUUCAGCCAUCAAAUUCCUGCGCCAGUAUGGGUUUGAUGGACUGGAUCUGGACUGGGAAUACCCAGGCUCUCGUGGAAGCCCUUCUGAUGACAAGCAUCUCUUCACUGUCCUGGUGAAGGAGAUUCGUGAAGCUUUUGAGAAGGAGGCUAAUGAGAACAACAAGCCCAGGUUGGUGAUAACUGCGGCUGUAGCUGCUGGUGUUUCCACCAUUGAAGCUGGCUAUGAGAUCCGUGAACUUUCCCAGUACCUAGAUCAAAUCCAUGUCAUGACAUAUGACCUCCAUGGCUCCUGGGAUGGCUACACAGGAGAGAACAGUCCCCUCUACAAAUACCCUACUGACACUGGCAGCAAUGCUUACCUCAAUGUGGAUUAUGCCAUGAAUUACUGGAAGAACAAUGGAGCACCAGCUGAGAAGCUCAUUGUUGGAUUCCCAGAAUAUGGACACAGUUUUCUUCUGAGCAACCCCUCCAAUAAUGGAAUUGGUGCCCCUACCUCUGGUGCUGGCCCUGCUGGACCCUAUACCAGGGAAGCUGGGUUCUGGGCCUACUACGAGAUUUGCACCUUCCUGAAAAAUGGAGCUACUGAGGUCUGGGAUGCUCAUCAGGAAGUGCCUUAUGCCUAUAAAGACAAUGAGUGGGUUGGCUAUGACAAUGUUAGGAGCUUCGAUGUCAAGACUCAGUGGCUUAAGCAGAACAAUUUUGGAGGUGCCAUGAUUUGGGCCAUUGAUCUUGAUGACUUCACUGGCUCUUUCUGUGACCAGGGCAAAUUCCCUCUGACCUCUACUCUUAACAAAGCCCUGGGUGUGUCCACAAGUUGCCCAGCCCCUGAUGUGCCUACUGAGCCUUCUGAGCCAGUGACUUCUCCUCCAGGAACUGGAAGUGGGAGUGAAAGUGGGAGCUCUGGAGGAAGCUCUGAAGGCAGUGGAUUCUGUGCUGGCAAAGCUGAUGGCCUGUACCCUGUGGCUGAUGACAGAAAUGCCUUCUGGCACUGCCACAAUGGAAUUACAUACCAGAAGCACUGUCAGGCAGGCCUAGUAUUUGAUACCAGCUGUACUUGCUGCAACUGGCCAUGA